AUGGAUUUAUCCAUUCUGUUUGGUGGUGUCAGUUGUUACAUCUACAACAGUAUGGUGAAGGAAGUAGGUAGCACAUGCCUAUUCAAGGUGAAAUUAGCCAAAAAAGUGGUACAGGAAUCCCAGCAGAUUGUUCUUCAUGAAUUGCCCCUGGUACCUGAACACUACAAAUUCAAUAGUGAAAAAUGGUUAGGAUUGCCCUGGGUAAAAAAGAGUGCUUUUAAAUUCACCAGAAACGAAAUGGCUGAGGCAGAUCACUACUAUUACGCUGAUAUCCAUAGUAUUAUUAAGGAGUCGCAUUACUAUACGGUGGGAAUAGAACACAACAAUAUCACAUUCUUUACCAACCCAAUCUACAAAACUAGCUUUGGUUUCAUAUAUCCGGUGAUAUUAAAUCAGGGCAAUAAUUUCAUCAGAAUGAACAGUGGCAUCAGGGUGUGUAUAACAGACAAGGAUGAUUUCAACAGAUACUUCUGGACCAAUCACCUACCACUCUUCCUUUUUGGUCUCUUGAUAGGAAUAUUGAUCAUAGUCAUUCUACUCAGGCGACUAUGCAGUAGGAGGCCUCCAGACAAUAAUAUGGUGUAUCUUACAACCAAAUGA